CGACCGCCCCUCUCUCGGUCGCUGCUUUCUGUUUCCAGAUAGAGACUGAGAUUAGCUGAUAAUCUGCUGCUGAUGGAGGGACGGACGUCUUUUUGUUGUUGUUGUUGUUGUUGUUGUUGUGUUUGCGGGGGUUCAGUUGUUUCCACGGCGGGGUUAAACUGGCUCUCGCCCCAAACGAGGCCCGCCUUUCAAAGUGAACAAGCCGCGAGAAACCGGGGGGAAACUUCUCCCUUUGCAGACCCCAAACAUUGCCGUAAUUAACCACCAACAGCAAGAUUAUGUCAGCGAUAGGGAUUACCGUGGCUUCACAUUAACAGGAUUAGUUUGAGUUGCAGGCACUUUGAUGCUUCAUGUGAGUAGUGUGACCAAUAUCUCAUUCAGAUAUUGAUCAAGAUGGCUGUCAGUGUGGUGACUCUUUAACUCUUGUGCCCCCCCCUUUCACCACAACCCUGCAGAGGUAUUUAUUUUUCUUUCUUUCUUGCUGCUGCUUUUAUGGUGUCUUAUUCUUGUUUCAGUGUUGGAGGGUCUGUGGGUGAAACCAUGAGUGUCAGAUUUCAUGCUACUCAACUCUGGCACCUCAUCCACAUGGAUAUAAAGCAGAUCCUGUACAACCCCAGCUUCCUGCAGCCCGAGUUAACAUUAUCUUCCCCACCGGGCUCAGAUCUAUUCAGCAGAUCAGCUUUCAAUGAGCUGCGUGUUGUCAGCUUGACCGCUGCUGUUGCUGAACUGGUUGGAGCUGCGGCUUGGCCAACUGGACCUGCACAGUACGCUUACAUAGACUGGUUGAGCUCUGCUGUGGCCUUGAACUCAGGCUAGACUGUGGAGCAUGGGUUCCCUCAUCAGCCCAGUGCUUUGGCCUUUGACCCCAAGCUGCAACUUAUGGCCAUCGGGACAAAGUCAGGAGCUAUUAAAGUCUACGGGGCCCCUGGUGUGGAGUUCACAGGACUACACAAAGACACCACUGCUGUCACACAAAUCCACUUCCUGCCUGGACAGGGCCGCCUGCUCUCACUACUGGAUGACAACACGAUUCACCUGUGGGAGCUGGUGGCCGGGACCCCUAGAGAUGUGGGCGGGGUUAAGAGAGAGGGCGUGAUCUGUCUACAGGAAGUGGGCAGCUACAGCCUUCCAGGAAGACCUGGCAUUGAGAGCUGCAGUGCCACUCGGGUGACCGUCCUCCUCUUGCUGAGGUCAUGUGACCUGCUCUGCAUUGGAACAGAAGGAGGGGGCGUGUACUUUCUGGAGUUGCCUCGCCUCUCACUGAAGGACAGCCAGACGCUGCUCCAGGAUCAGGUCACGCAGAGCCUGCCAGAUGAUUACAGAUGUGGGAAAUCUUUGGGGCCGGUGGAAUCUCUUCAGGAACAUCCUCAGCAGUCUGGGAAGAUUCUGAUCGGCUACAGCCGGGGCCUGGUGGUUCUAUGGGAUCUGAGCGCCCGUCAUGCCGAGCAGCUCUUCCUGGGCAAGCAGCAGCUGGAGAGCCUGGUAUGGGAACGCUCUGGAAACUUGUUUGUCAGUUCCCAUAACGAUGGAGGUUACUCCGUUUGGGCUGUUACUAACGGCAACACCUACAAUCACCAGCCAGUGUCGUCAACCAUUCCAUAUGGUCCAUUUCCCUGCAAGGCCAUCAACAAGAUCCUGUGGAGGACAACACAGACAGGUUCCCCAGUGUUGUUAUACAGCGGUGGGAUGCCCAGAGCCAGCUACGGUGACCGCCACUGUCUGACCAUCCAACAAGACAAAGACCACGUCACUCUUGACUUCACAUCCCGAGUCAUCGACUUCUUCACUGUCCACAGCAUAGAGCAAGAGAAUGAGUACGAUGACCCAUCAGCCUUGGUAGUGUUACUGGAAGAGGAGCUGGUUGUGAUCGACCUCCAGACCCCGGGGUGGCCAACUCUGCCCACUCCUUACCUGGCUCCUCUCCACUCCUCAGCCAUCACCUGCUCCUUCCACAUCUCCAGCGUCCCUCCCAAACUCUGGGAGAGGCUGGUUAACGCCGGCAGAGCACAGCAGGGCCGACAACACGUGCACGGGAGUUGGCCGAUAUGUGGAGGGAAGAACCUGGCACCUCAACCCAAACAGCAGGAGCUGCUGUUGACAGGACAUGAAGACGGCACUGUGCGUUUCUGGGAUGCAUCAGGUGUUGCUCUUACUCCGCUGUACAAACUCAGCACGGCCAAUGUCUUCCACACUGACUGUGACCCUAGUGACGAUCCCCAGGACCCUAGCGACGACCCCGACAUGCAGCAGGAGGAGGAAUGGCCUCCUUUCAGGAAGGUGGGCUGUUUUGACCCGUACAGUGAUGACCCGAGGCUGGGCAUCCAGAAGAUCAGUCUGUGUAAAUACAGCAACAAGCUGGUGGUGGCUGGAACUGCUGGACAGGUGAUCGUUCUGGGUUUGAGCGACGAGCGUUCUGACCACCUGGUGGACGUGUCUGUGGUUGAUCUGCUACAGGACAGGGAGGGCUUCACCUGGAAGGGCCACGACAGACUGGAGCCGCGUCUUAAACCCGCCCCCUUCCCCCCAGGCUUUCAGCCGCUAGUGCUGGUGCAGUGCCUGCCCCCGGCCUCUGUAACGGCGGUGGCUCUGCACGCAGAGUGGAACCUGAUCUCCUUCGGGACGAGUCAUGGAUUCGGCCUGUUUGACUACCACAGACGAAAUGCAGUGCUGGCCAGGUGCACCCUGCACCCUAAUGACUCCUUGGCAAUGGAGGGCCCCCUUUCCAGAGUCAAGUCCUUGAAAAAGUCCUUACGACAGAGCUUCAGACGCAUCCGCAAGAGCAGGGUGUCGGGGAAGAAGCGCACCAUUACCACACCCACCAGCAAGGUCCAGGAGGCUAACGCUGCUCUAGCGGAGCAGGAGGAUGUGGCUCCGGUGCAGCGAAGGAUUGAACCCCGGUCAGCAGACGACUCGCUGUCUGGAGUUGUCCGCUGUCUCUGCUUUGCUGACACCUUUCUACGUGAUGGUACACAUCACGGCCCCACGCUAUGGGCCGGCACCAACUCGGGGAGUGUGUACGCCUACGCUCUGGAGGUGCCUGGCGUGGGCUCGGGGCGUGUGUGCGAGCGCGGCGGAGCAGGCGAGAGCAGUGUGUGUGUGGAGGCCGUGUUGGGUAAAGAGAUCCAGCUGAUGCACAGGGCCCCCGUUGUGUCAAUCUCUGUGUUGGAUGGCCGGGGGAAGCCAUUACCUGACCCGUAUGAAGCCUCCCAGGACCUCGCCAUCGCGCCGGAUAUGACCAACGCUCACUCUGUCCUCAUCGCCUCAGAGGAACAGCUGAAGGUGUUCUCUCUCCCCAAGGUGAGCGCUAAGACCAAGUUCAAGCUGACGGCGCACGAAGGCUGUCGGGUGAGGAAGGUGGCCCUUGUGGUGUUUGGCUCCACAGCUCAGGAAGACUACAGCGAACACACACUGGUCUGUCUGACCAACCUGGGCGACAUGCACCUCUUUAACAUACCUGCCCUUCGACCUCAGGUGCGCUACGACUGCAUCCGUAAAGAAGACAUCAGUGGCAUUGCUUCCUGCGUCUUUACCAAGAACGGACAGGGGUUUUACCUGAUCUCUCCCUCUGAGUACGAGAGGUUCUCCCUGUCUGCCAAGGUCCUCACUGAACCGCUCUGCUCUGUUCAGCUGGACCGACCACUAGAGCCCACACCUGCCAGCGAUGGCACGACAACACAGCCGCAGGCCAACGGAACCCACAAGAACCAGAUGGGUCAGGCUGAGGGGCAAACAGAAGAGCCUCCGAGCGCCCUGUCCUCUCCAAUCCUGGACACCCCGCUGGACUCCCCCCUCAGCUGCGCCGACCUCACCCUGGACUCCACCGGAGAACUCACUGUGGAGGAUGUCAGGGAUUUUCUAACCACCGUCGACGAGGCAGAGAAUAACCUAAAGAACAUUAAAGAGGAGGAGGGACGCUCGACUGGCAUCCUCAUUAACUGAACAGUAUUACAGGGAGGGGCUCAAGUGUUCUGGAUGGACCGGAUUUCAGUGCUGGACCACAAACAUCUCCCAUCAGCCUUCUGUGGAGCCCCCAGCCAGCACUCUACACUCUCCUGUUAGCCUGGCACCAGCUGGGAGGAAAGCCUUAAUACGGACAAAGAAAGCAGCAUGAAAGACUCUUGUUGUGGUUCCUCCUCAUUGGAAGAACUAAAUCUUCUUCUGUAACCACUUUGGAAACAUGACAUUGCCUCCCACAUGGGCACACAGACAGCCUCUACCUUGCAUGGCGUGGUGCCUGGAUGGAUUUGGAACUGAUUAUUCUGAUUUCAAGAACUAAAAACUGGAAUUUCCGUCAUCCAUCUUGUCUUUCUCUGUGCGAUCAUUCCUCCUUGGCCCUUUCCCCCGGUGACUUGACGGUCAUGGGAUGUGACUGUGGCUCAGCCUUUUGGAGGAAAGGGCUGUUACAUUCUGCCUAGGAGACUUACCGGUGAUGUUUCUGUUUUUAUAUUUCUAUCCACGGUCUUUGUGGUGUGCUGGGAUCGGUCUGAGGUUUUUCUCCCCCCAUAGUUGGAACUGGAAUUGGCAGUCGCCGAAUAUCCUUGUUGAUUCCUCGUGCACACUAGUGGAUGUGUUGGAUUGUUCUGCACGCUGCGUAACACCACAACAGCCCUGCGAAUGACCCGCGCUUAUGAACUGAGGAUGUUCAGCAGAGACUGAAAGGGAGCGUUUUUAGAGAGCAAGACUAGCAAAUGAAGUAUUUUGAGUAUUUGUGUAUUGAAAGCUGUAGCAUUUGUAUUCUUCCCCUCUUAUGUGCCAUUAAGGGCAGUUGAAUUGCCUCACCCAGUGUCCUGUGUGAGGUGGUGCAUUAAUCAACUGUUUUCAAAUCAGAGAGCCAGUAUGUUACUACACACAAGCACAUCACCGCCAAGGUUGAAGGAAGGAAGCUCUCUGUCUACUCUCUCGGUGUUGAAGAAAAGAAAGAGUGCCGGGGUUAAUGAAGGUGGUUUAUAUUGCAAAGAUUGAUGCUUUAUUAAAUAUGUUAUGUACUGCUUUUGGAGAAAGUAAAGGUAUUUUUAAUGAAAAGUAGAACAGGGGAUGUGAGAGGAGAGAAUAAACACCAAUUUCAAAGGGAACCAGCUGGUGAAGAGGGAAGGGAAGGUGGUUCUGUAUAUUUAGGACUAGAGAAGAUUUAGGUGAAAUAAUAUUUUUGACACUUUUCGAAUUACCUUUAUUGCUAAAUGCAUGACGUUGGAGUUUGACAAAUACGUUCUUUAUCUCUUAAUUGUGUUUUUAUCAGGAAAGUGCAAACUGGGCCAUGUGUCACGUGGGGAGGGUGGGCCGCAACGUCUGGGCAGUGUAAUACGGAGGUACACCGGUACGACACAUCUGCAGUGAAUUCUUUAAGCAGCCUUAUAUUCUGUGACGUCAGUGAAACAUCUGUCAGCAGUGUUUGAGAAUAAAAUUUGUUUUUAAUCCUCAUUUUCUGCCCUAGUUUGGUCAAAUUGGGACUGAUAAAAAUAAAAAGUUCUUGGUAGCUCAAAAAAGAAAAAAGUGGAUGAAGGAUGCGGCAAAAAGAAAAGCGUCUUCAGUUGAAUUUCUCCUCCCUCCUCUGUUGAUGUUACAUCAUCUCAUGCAGAAAUCUUUUUUUGACGGGACUCAGGGAAGUGUGUGGCAAGGGAAGCAAAGUCAGUCUGAAUGCUAAAGUGUUAUGUACUGUGUACUAUGAUGCACCCAGGAGAUGUCUUUUCUUUUUUUUGGGGGGGGGGUCUGUGAAUCGGUGCAUUCUGGGUAAUAUUGGCUAGAUGCAGAGGUUUGAUCACCAGUAUUUUUAACCCUUUUUAAAAAAAAAAAAAAAAAGUUUUACUGUGUAAAAACAAAAAAUAUAUACAGUAUCUAUACCUAGGUUUACAGAAGACAGGUUUCUAACAGCAAGCCGAUGAUAGAAUAAAAUGUUAGAGCUAGAAUUGGUUGUAGCCUAAAAAACGCUCAGUAUUCAAGCUUUUCAAUCACCUCACAAAAAACAGAAUAAAAAGUAAAAAAGGGACCUCACUAUUAACUAAUGUAGCUCGACAGGUAGGAGUCAUGUUAAUGCUUUUUUACUUUUGUCUUAGCUUCUUUUUGGUGCUCUGGUUGACACACAAAUAAUUAACACUUUGAUGCUACAGCUGGCACAAUUUACCUUUUUAAUUCCUCAGUUAAGAUGAAUUUGUUUCUACUUUGUCAUUCAGUUUUGUGAGUAGGAUUUUAAUCGGGCCAUUUAGCAUUUUGGCUGAUGAAGAAUUGUGAAUGUUAAUAAAAUUAUUUACUCUCUA